AUGCCGGCACGGCAGAGCCCAAGUCAUCAGCUAAAUGCCAAGAGACUGACCUUCAGGGGCGCAGCUAGCACGGAGACGUCCUGCCAGUCAGUGGGAACAGACGAACCAGAAACGAGUGUGCCCCACAAGACCUCGCUGCCCGAGGGCAUCCGCCCAGGCACUGUGCUCAAGAUUCGAGGCGUCGUUCCUGAAAAGGCCAGCAGGUUCCAUGUAAACCUGCUGUGCAGCGAGGAGGAGGGCGCAGACGCCGCCCUGCACUUCAACCCCCGGCUGGACACGGCCGAGGUGGUCUUCAACAGCAAGCAGCGAGGCAGCUGGGGCACGGAGGAGCGAGGCUCUGGCGUCCCCUUCCAACGUGGGGUGCCCUUCGAGGUGCUCCUCAUCGCCACCGAUGAAGGCUUCAAGACGGUGGUCGGGGACUCGCAGUACCACCACUUCCGCCACCGGAUUCCCACAGAGCUCGUGCGCCUCGUGGAGGUGGGCGGGGACGUGCAGCUGGAGUCGGUGAAGAUCUUCUGA